AAAAACAGAGCAACAAUGGAGGGUAAGGAAGAGGAUGUGAAGCUUGGAGCUAACAAGUUCACGGAGAGACAACCAAUAGGCACAGCAGCUCAGACAGACAAGGACUACAAGGAGCCACCACCAGCUCCCUUGUUUGAGCCAGGGGAGUUGAAAUCAUGGUCCUUUUACAGGGCUGGGAUUGCAGAGUUCAUGGCCACUUUCCUCUUCUUAUACAUCACUCUUUUGACUGUCAUGGGUGUUGUUAGGGCACCUACCAAGUGUGCCUCUGUGGGUAUUCAAGGGAUUGCUUGGGCUUUUGGUGGUAUGAUCUUUGCCCUUGUCUACUGCACUGCUGGUAUCUUAGGAGGACAUAUUAACCCAACAGUGACCUUUGGAUUGUUUCUGGCAAGGAAGCUGUCCCUAACAAGGGCUGUUUUCUACAUAGUGAUGCAGUGCCUUGGUGCCAUAUGUGGUGCUGGUGUUGUCAAGGGCUUCCAGCCAUCCAUCUAUCAAGCCAAUAAUGGUGGGGCCAAUUUUGUGGCACAUGGUUAGAACCUUUUCAGAGGACUACAAUGAUUUGAAUGUUGAGCCUUCGUUUGGAGAGACCAAUCUCGACUUUGAAGGCAGAGAGAGGAGCACUAAGGAAAGCACACCCAUUCUUCUUUUAUUUAUUUAAUCACAC